AUGGAGAUGCACGAGCUUCGCAUCUCCUUCGAGUCACCGGAGCGGCGCUGGCGCCGUUCUCAGCACGUCCCGCGCAUUUCACAGAAACACGGCAACACGGCUACAAUAGCCGUAACGGCCGGGCCAAUUCUUAGUGAGAAGGAGACGGCCGCCUGGCAUGCACCAAGGAACCUGGAGGUGGAGAGCCAUCCCCUCCUGUCAGGCGAGUACAACUCUCUGACCAGGUCUCUGAAGCUCUCCAUGUCAACUGAAGGCCCCGGGACGACCGACACCGGGGGUAACAAGGGCCAGGACUCCAUGGCAGGAUGCAUUGCAGAAGCGGCCGCUUUUGACGGCCAUUUGCAGUACUGUCGCAGAAUGGUGAGCGCUUCUAUCUUCAAGCCAACUUGGGAGUUGCUUCGACAGCCACAUGCGAUUGAGCUCCUUGCGCAAACGCCGAUUGGACCUGUGGGUCCGAUGCCUGUUUUGUACGGAGAUCUACUCGGGAGCACCGAGGAAGCAGAGGGAGUGAUUGAAGCGCAGCAGUUUAAGAUCCGCCGAGUCACGUGUUCUACUUUGUCAUGGGAACAAAGCUUGGCUCGGUACAUGGUUGCAGCGAUUCGCAAAUGGGUUGGAGUCAUCUUGACCCACCCUCCUGCGUUCGAUCUGGGCAGGAAGCUCAACAAGAUUGAACCUCUUGGAGCCACCUUACAUUCCGGCCUCCUUGAUGUUUUUGCUGGCAAGGCUGCUGGAACUUUGCAUGGCCGUGUUGGGCCUAUGCUGCGUUUCGUUGCUUGGUGCAACGAUCAGGGCAUUACAGCUUUUCCGAUCCAUGAGCAGAGUGUUUAUGACUUUGUGCGUGCCAAUGAAGAUUGCUCGGCCCCUACAUUCUUGAGGAGUUUUCUCGUCAGUUUGUCAUUUUGUCACCACAUGUUAGGCCUCCUGGGAGCCCAUGAGGCCGUGAAGAGUCUGCGCGUCGUCGGUGUAACGCGGCGUGCUUACUUACGUAAGAAGAAGAAAGUGCAGCGACCGCCGCUCACUGUGGCUAUGGUAGAUGAUCUUGAGCGCUUCGUGUGUGAACAAGGCGGUUCCGUUCAGGACCAAAUCGCUGCUGGCUUCUUUCUUCUUUGCGUCUUCACGCGGGGACGAUAUAGCGAUUGCCUGAACUUGCAAGAGCUUGUGGUUGACUCGCCUGACCUUGCUGCCAGGCCGUUACUCGGGUAUGUUGAGGGUUCUGUGUCGCGAUGCAAGACCGCGUAUACAGUUGAGCGGAAAACGCAACUUUUGCCCAUGGUCGCGCCGCGGCAAGGUGUGUCAGGCCUUGACUGGUUCUCCGCUUGGUUGGAGUUGAGGAAGCGUGCAAGGGUGCCUGUGGGUGCUGGGGUGCCUUUACUACCUGCUCCGAACGGGGAAGGGUGGCAGCGCGUCCCGCCGACUGCAGCCAUGGCUGGUGAUUGGCUGCGCAACAUCCUGAAGAGUCGCGGUCACGACGGAAGUCUGGUUUCUCGCAUUGGUACUCACUCGUGCAAGACCACAACGCUAUCUUGGAUGAGCAAGGCUGGUGUGGAUCUACCGACGCGGAGGUUACUUGGGUAUCACGCGCAGGCUGACGAGCGCACACCUUUGGUGUAUUCUCGUGAUGCGAUGUCGGGGCCAGUGCGGGCGUUGGAGGGCGUGAUCCUGAUGAUUCACAAGUCAGAGUUUUUGCCUGAUGCUUCUCGUUCAGGUUACUUCCCGAAAGCGGUGAAGCCGCCAGUGCCCGCUCCUGAUGAUGAUGAGUGCUCCGACAGUGAGGAUUCGGCGGAUGAAGAAGACAACCAAGAAGACUUGGAUAAGACUGAUGCGGCCGAACAAGAUGUUGUCGGCGAGUGGAGGCACAUCAAUGAGGCCGCAGGCGGGAGCGCCGGCGAGGCGCCUGUCUUCCGCAACAAGCUCUCGAGGACGAUCCACCGAGUGGUGGACGGAGCGGAAGCCAAGUUCCGCUGCGGGAGAGCCAACUCAGCGAACUAUUCUAGACUGGGAGCCUUGCCAAAGUUCGCGUAUCCGAUGUGCAAAGGUAACUGUGCUUUGCUUUUGCUCUGUUUGCUGCUGGGUGAUGUGUUGGACCUCAUCGUGGACUCCGGCGUCAACGCUCUUGCAAAGUAUGCUUUCAGUAGUUCGUAUGUACCUGGCCAGCCCGACGAGUCCCCUUUUGUACGGGCCAUAAAGGACAUGCUAAAGCGCGAUGCCACAGUAGGAGAACUGGCAGUGAUGCGACGACUGUUACAUGAAGCGUACAGCAUGGCGUCUGCAGAGCUCCGUCAGUCCGUGGAGAGAUCCGAAGAUGCACCCACAAAGAAACUUGCGCAGCCCGAGAGGGCAGAUCGCUUGGCAAAGCAGCAAGCAAGGCUUGCAGGCCUAAAGAUCGAGGGCGCCCUCGAGCCCGCGGAUCGGCUCAUUGACUUGAUGGUGGCGCAAUAUGAAGAGAACCGCGUUUCACAUGUCGAAUUGUCAAGAUGCAUCAGCAAAGAGCAAGAAGUUCUUUCCGCGUCGAGCAAGGAAGAUCGGCACUUGACGAUCGACAGCGCAGGCACUGUCAGGAUCAAAGGUAAAGAAACCCACCUGAGUGCCGACCUGUCGUCCGACUUGCUGUUGCGGUACGCCUUGACACGGCGGGGGCUUGCCUGUGAUCAGGCUAAUCUCUUGGCCUUUUCGCACCAUGACGCGUGGACUGAGCGGCUGAUGAGAGCUCGUCUUGAACCGCCGCCCCCAAACUAUGCCCCAAUAUCGCAAGCGCAGGUCAUUGCCGCAGACAGGAAGCUCUGGGUCAAACUAGCUGAACUCACUCGCGCAGGAGUUCAGGUCACUGCUGCAGGACGCCCUCUUGACGCAGUUUGGGCGCAGGCGUGCGAUCAUCCGGAUGUGUUGCAUCUGUUGCAGCCCAUGCCUGUGGCGUGUGGAUCGACACCCCUCUUCCGGUUUGGCAAGGGUGAAGGCGCCGAAUCCAAAGGGUCGGGCAAGUUCAGGGGUGGUCCUUACGGGCGUGGAAAGGGUGCUGGUAAGUCCAAAGGCGGAGGUUUCGUUCCAAAAGCCUUGGAAGGAGGCGUCAGUUGCACCACUCAGGGCCAUGCGUUGUGUUUCGGCCACAACCUUGGCACUUGCAAAGAAAAGGUAUUUUCCGUGGACCCAUCGUUGGCAGAUCGCAAAGAAUUGUGCGUUGUGCCGCUGCCUUGUCCAGAAGAGACGAGAGUCGUCUUGGGAAUAUCUUCGAUGGGUGUGCGAGACUUUCCCAGUGCAGCGUGUGCGUACGGUGGGCCGCGACCCGGCUGGCGCAUGUUUGUGACAAAUGUACCAGGCCUGCGUUCUUUAGCCGCCUCCUGCCCUGGGGGGCACGUGCAUCAGCACUUCUUGUGCGAGCGUGGUGGCAGUGAGGAUGCAAAUUAUCCACGUCCCUUGUGUGUGCAGAUCGUUCAACAAGUUUGUCUGGCUCUUGGUGUACCAGCUUUAGAUGAGCCCAGCGCAGCACCUGUACAUGCGUCGCAUGCAAUUACGGUAGCCGCUUGCAAACAGCCGCGGGGGCGUCAUAUACCCCCUGUCAUGUCAGAAUUUGCGGACAUCACUUCUUUGGACCUGGAUCGAGUCCCGCCUGUGAACACUAAGCGUCGCUUGUUGACUGCGUGUCGUCAUGUGCCAGCCGGCUCCAAGCUGCUGUCUUUUGUCAAAGUGGGGGAUGAGCAGGACAGCAGCUUUAGGUGCUUCUUUGGCUGCUAUCGCACCAAGGAAGUGUUUCUGCGUGAGGCCAUGCGUCUAGUUCAUCCAUUCGACAAGUUCCUGCCUUUGCCAGAUGAGGUCAAGAGGACCCUGUUCGCUACCUUGUGUCAUGGCCCCGCGUGGAUUGCAGCGCGCCGUGCAGAGACUUUAGGCAAAUGGACGUCGUGGGCGGCAGAUCUUUUGCCCAAGGAUUUGGAGCUGCGUUCGAGUCUUGAGCCCGGGGUUCGUAAAGUGCUCAAGUCAAAGCGUUUGCUGUUGCUUCAGAGGAUUGCCGAGGACAUUGAUUGGCCUGAUGCUGGGCUGUUUCAGCAGAUCCAGGAAGGCUUUGAGCUGGUAGGGAAUCAAGGGCCCUCGGGCGUCUUUGCAACGGAGUUGCGUCCCGCUCAGCUCACCGUGUCGCAGCUUGACGAUCUAGUAAAAUUCAUGAAGCCAGCCUUGUUAGGGAAAGUUCGCUCCGCAGAUCUUGACGAUGAUGCGCAGUUGCUGUGGGACAAGACUAUGCAAGAAGUGAGCGAAGGCUUGCUGGAGGGUCCCCUCACAGUGCAGCAAGUCGAAGAGAGAUAUGGUGGGGCAUGGAUCCCAGUUCGUCGCUUUGGCGUGUGGCAAUCGUCUUCAGGCAAGCAGAAGCUCCGACCAAUUGAUGAUUAUUCGGAAAACAAGGUUAAUCUAGCUUUUGGUUACGCUGAUAAGAUUGAUCUGAGAGCUUUAGAUCAGCUUGUUUGCUCGGUGCGUUUGUGGAUGCAGCAAGUCCUUGCUGAUGGCAAGGUGGCCAUUGAGUUGUCGGAUGGUUCGUGCCUGCGUGGGUCCAUCCAUCCGUGCUGGCGCUCAGAAGAGGGACGGUUGCUCGAGCUCGCCACGUUGGACUUGCGUGCAGCUUACAAGCAGUUUCCUCUGUCCCCGAAAAGCCGAGCUUUGUCCGUCUUAGUGUUGAAGAAUCCAGUGUCGAAGGAGGUCGCUUGCUUCGAGGCUAAAGCUCUGCCAUUCGGGGGCACAGCAAGCGUUGUGCACUUCAACAGAGCCGCAAGGCUGCUGUGGGCCAUAGGCCAACACCUGCAUGUGUGUUGGCUGAAUUUCUUUGACGAUUACCCAAUCCUGACGCCUAGGGUAUUGGCCGGUUCGACAAAGCAAACACUGAAAGCCCUUGUUGAUCUGCUUGGCUUUGAUUGCUCUUGGGAGAAGUGGCAGGACUUCUCUACUCGCGCCACAAUGCUUGGGGUGGAAGUUGACCUUAGUGAUGUUGCGUCGGUUGGCGUUAGGAUUCGCAAUAAGGAAGGCAGGGCCGGCCAAGUUGUCUCCACUGUUGAGGAGCUUCUGCGAAAAGAGAGCAUGCCUGCUCGUAAACUUCUGAGUGUGAUGGGACGAAUCCAGUUUGCAGAUGCCCAAGUUAUGGGGCGGACGGGAAGGCUCGCGCUUGCCGAGAUUCGUCGAUGGUCUAGAAACCAUGUUGACCGCGUUACCGUAGGGCGUGAGUUGAUGGAAGCCUUCGGAGUCCUUACCGACCGGCUCUCAAGUGGGACGCCUCGCGUUGUGCCUUGUGAACUGCCGAAGCAGCCAGUGUUGGUUUUCACUGACGGGGCUAGUGAGGAUGCGUUGCACACUGUAGGCGGGAUCCUAAUAAGGCCUGGGUGUGAUGCGCGGUUCUUUGCUUGCCAUGUGCCAUCUGAGCUUGUGAAGGCUUGGGAGGGCUCGCUGAAGCACCUGAUAGGGCCGGUUGAAACUUACGCCGCUCUUGUUGCGAGAGCCGUGUGGCACCAGUUCCUGUCGGGCCAAACAUACCUGCAUUUCAUUGAUAACGUAGGCAGCCAGGAUAGCUAUGUCAAGGGCACCUCGACGAGCGCUAUCAUUCGCUCCCUGUUAGUCUCCUAUGAGAGGAUUGAGUCGAACGGGGCUUCUUGGCCUUGGUUCGCCCGGGUACCGUCAGACUCGAACCCUUCUGACGAGCCGUCUAGAGGUGUCUUCGACGGUAUUGUCAAGGCCGCGAAUUUCCUCAAGCGGUUCGUGAUAAAGGAGAACAUGGAAGCCAUGGCUACAGCAUAUGUGCUGUUUGCUUUACUCAGCCCGCGCAUGAUCAAGGACCCUGUGGAGGUGUACAGUGUCGAGUAUACUGUAGAGUGA